AUGGAAGUAGUUGAUCAAUUAUCUUAGCUUUUAGAAGAAUCGUCUCCAGAUAGUAUGCCAUCAGUGCCCUAGGAAAAAUCAAGAGACAAUAUAUAGUAGAAUAUAAAAUGCUAAUAGCAGGAUAACAUUACUGACUGCAAAGUGGAGAAAAGUUACUCGAAAAAAUCAGGAAUGUCUAAUACAGCAACAGCUACCACUACUACUGUUGCAACAACCAAUUAAAAAUAAGAGAAGGACACUAAGGAAAAGAAGAAAAAGUAGUAAUAACUGAUAAUUUGCACAUUUAAAUGCAGAUAUGUUGUGAUUAAGAAGGCAAAAUUCAAGAUGCAAUUUAACAAGAAGAAAUCUAAAACUUUUAUUGUAAAGCCAGUUCAUCUCUGCCAAGGCAAAGGUAUUUUCCUCGUUAGGAAAUUCGAGGAUGUUGAUCUGAAAUAAGGAGAGUAGUAUGUGGCUCAAAGGUAUAUGCAUAAACCUUAUCUAAUAGAUAAUUUAAAGUUUGAUCUUAGAGUGUAUGCACUUGUCUAUGGAGUAGAUCCUUUAAGAGUAUUUGUGUACUAGGAAGGCCUAGCUAGAUUUGCUACAGAGGAGUACGUGGGACCGUCAAACGGCAAUUUAGAUAAUUUAUUCAUGCAUUUAACAAACUAUGCUAUCAAUAAAAACAGUGAAAACUUUAUAUUUAAUGAGGACUAGGAUGAUGAUGGGAGUGGGCAUAAAAGAAGUCUAACUUCAGUCUUGGAAACUAUUUAGGAAAAAAACCCAGGUUUUGAUACUAAGAACUUGUGGCAAUAAAUUCAAGAUAUUAUUGCUAAAACACUUAUAUCAGUUCAGCCAAGUCUAUAGCAUGCUUACAGAUCAAGCUAGCCUGAAGAUUUGGAGAAUUCAAUGUGCUUUGAAAUUCUUGGAUUUGAUAUACUAAUUGAUCAUAAACUUAGACCAUAUGUUUUGGAGGUAAAUCAUUGCUCAUCUUAUGGGACAGAUAGUCCUCUUGAUAAGAAAGUUAAGUUAGAUCUAAUGAAAGACACUUUCACAUUAUUGAAAAAAGAAAAAGCUGAUCAGUUUAAUAAAAGAGUAAUGGGUGAAAAAGGUAUGAACAAAUUUGAAAAGGAAUAGCUCAGAAAGAAAAACUAAAUGAUGAGAGAUGAAUUUGACCAGCAACAUCUGGGCAAUUUUAGGAUGGUAUACCCAGUGUUGGAAGAUUAGGAAAAAAACAGAAAGUUUGAUAUUUUUUUGGACUAGGCAAGAAUGAUCUGGUCUGAAUUUACUGGAGGAGUUAGGAAUACUAGUUCGCAUAACAUUCCUCAGAUAAAAUAAACAAUAAAUAACUUAAAUAACAAUAUCGUGAAUAACAAUAAUAGUAACAGAGCUAAAACUGAUCCAAUGGGUGUUAAAUCGAAAGCUCAGUUUUUGCAAAAUGCUUAUCAGAAAUAAAAUUAUUAAAACAUGAUGAAUGAGCAACCAAAAGAUCCAAGCAACCAAUCAUUUGGUGGAGGCAACUAAAACCUUCGAAAUACAUUUAAUGAUUUCAAUAAGACUUAGAACAAUCUUUAAACAAAUUUUCCAAAUGUGUUUCAAAGUGACACGCAAUCUUAUAUGAGUUCCCCAACUAAGUAAGAGACAUUGGAAUCACUUACUAUAGCAAAUUUUAUUGAUUCUCCCUCAAAGGGUAUCAUAUAGGACUCAAACUAUAUUUCUUCAACUCCCUUACCUCUCUAAAAUUAAAAUGACUUGACUAACUACAAGGGUCUCACAGACCUGAUGAACUAUAACUUUGGAGUUUCAACUUAAAGUUUAGCUGAGGCUAUUUAAAAGCGAUUUCCUAUGGACUAGUACAAUCUCAACAAAAUCAAGCCUUUCAUUGUGAAUGCUUUCAACAACUCAAAUGAUAUUGCAGGUUAGACUACUUCAACUGGAAUAUCUGUGUCAUAGUAUUCAAAUAACUCAGCAGGUCUAUUCUAGCAGCAGCAUAAUAGAAAAGAAGCUAAAUCUUAGCCUUAUCAGAAUAAUCAAUAGAAUUUAAAUACUUCAAGCAGCGCAUACUCAGGAGUUCAUUAACAUCACCCCAGUAAUAUCGUUUCAAACACAAUUGCAAAUGCAGCAAAUAAUGUUAAUGGAGUUGGAAUCUCAAAUAAUAUUAACAAUAUUUAAAACUACUUCUUCGUUUAAAAUUAAAAUUCUUCUGUCAUUUAAAACAUGGAACGCUACAACAUUCUAAAGCAUAUUGAAGCCGUUAAGAGAACUGAGUGGUUGUAGAUGGGAGGUGACAAGAAGAAUUUAUAAUAAGCUAUUAUUCAUAAGUCAAAUCCAAGAUUAGGAGCUUCUAACAGUCUUGCUGUAAAUACAGCUAAUUAUAAUAAGAAAUGA